AUGGAUAGGGUGCCAAGCAAGGACAUAGAAAGAAUGAUGGCCUUUAUAAAUCAUGAGGCAGACGAAAAGAUUAAGGAAAUGAAGAUAAAGGCAACUCAGGAAUAUAAUGCAGAGAAGGCCAGGAUAAUCAAGGAGGAAACCUCCCGUAUAGAAAAUGGAUUUGUGAUGAAGCAAAAGGAGAUUGAGAAGAAAAGAGUGAUGGCCGAGAACUCCUUGGCAAACACAUACAAGCAGAAAUAUCUUGGGGAAAGGGUUAAAAUCUUGAAUGAGAUCUACAAAGAAGUCCUAGAGAUAUGUUCCAAGGAGCCUCUUAGCCCCUUGUUGAUAGCCCAAUGUGCCGAGAAGAUAAGUGAGGAGGAAUUCAUUGUGUAUUGCAAUAAGAAGGAUAAGAAGGUAGUGGAAAAGGAAUGCAAGAAUGUUGAGAUCAGAGAAAUGGUGCCUGAAGGUGUGGGCGGGGUUCUUCUAUGCUCAAAGGAUUACAGCACCAUUGUGGAUAACAGCUUUGCGUCAAGGCUCGAAACAAUAAAGAGCACAUUUGAGGCAGAAAUCAAUAAAAUUAUCUUCAGGUAUUUUGAGAAGUUUACUUUAUUCUUGUAG